CCCCUGUCGCAGUUGAGCAGAACAACUGAGCCAGCCAGCGAGAGAGAGAGAGAGAGAGAGAGGGAGGGAGAUUUGGCCGGAAAAUGGGUCAGAGCUCGAUAAGAAGCAAAUGGGUAUCACUGUUGAUGCUUUUCUUUGCUCAUUUGUUUACCACAACCACAGCAGAAGAUGGCCUUGUAGCAAACGGUGAUUUCGAAACGCCUCCAUCGAACGGGUUCCCAAGCGAGGCCAUAGCCGUAGGGGGCGGCGGGACCAAGGAAAUCCCCAGCUGGAAAUCAAACGGGACCGUUGAGCUGGUGGAAGCGGGGCAAAAACAGGGUGGGAUGAUCCUCAUCAUACCGCAGGGUAGACACGCGGUGAGGCUGGGCAACGACGCGGAGGUCAGCCAGGAUCUGAAGGUGGAGAAGGGGUUUACAUACUCGGUCACGUUCAGUGCGGCUCGCACGUGCGCCCAGCUGGAGUCUCUGAACGUGUCCGUGGCGCCUGCAUCGCAGACGAUAGACCUGCAGACGCUGUACAACGUACAGGGGUGGGACCCAUACGCGUGGGCUUUCGAGGCGGAGGUUGAUGAUGUGCGUUUGGCUUUUAGGAACCCGGGCAUGGAGGAUGACCCCACGUGUGGGCCCAUCAUCGAUGAUAUUGCAAUAAAAAAACUUUUCACCCCCGAUCGAUCCAAAGACAAUGCAGUCAUCAAUGGCGAUUUUGAAGAAGGCCCAUGGAUGUUCAGGAACACCUCACUCGGCGUCUUACUUCCCACCAACCUCGACGAAGAAAUAUCCUCACUACCGGGCUGGAACGUCGAAUCCAACAGGGCCAUCCGCUACAUCGACUCCGACCACUUCUCCGUCCCGGGAGGCAAGCGGGCGGUCGAAUUGCUUUCCGGCAAGGAAGGCAUAAUUUCCCAAAUGGUCGAAACGGCGCCAGACAAACAGUACCGCUUGACCUUCUCCUUGGGCCACGCCGGCGACAAAUGCAAGCAGCCGCUUGCCGUCAUGGCAUUCGCCGGAGACCAGGCGCAAAACAUUCACUACACGCCGGAUUCCAACUCCACCUUUCAGAGCGCCAAUCUGAACUUCACGGCCAAGGCGGAGAGAACCCGAAUUGCGUUCUACAGCGUGUACUACAACACCAGAAGCGAUGACAUGAGCUCGCUCUGUGGGCCGGUGGUGGAUGAUGUGCGGGUGUGGUUUUCUGGGUCGGAAAGAAUCGGGUUUGGCGGAUUAAGGUUGGGGCUCGGGUUUGGGUUUUUGUUGUUUGUUUUCACCGUGGUUUAGGGUUUGUAAGGAACUUGUUUGUUACCUUAACGUGUAUGCUUUUGGGAUUAGUAUCACUUCCGUUUAAAUGAACUCGAGAAUAUCUAGUUAGUUAUAUUUGAAGAGUAUUUUUGUCAUAUCAAAAAGUGAAUGGACAAUAAUACUUUUUAAAUAUAACUAAUUUGAUAACUCUCCAGUUGAACUCGAGAGGAUCCGAUUCCAUGGUUUUGUAGGUAUGGCAUGGGAGGGAGUAUAGGUAAAACAUAUACCCGUGUCUCUAUGUAUUAUGUGUUGCUUUAGAAUUUUGUUUAUCCAAAAUGAGUGUCUUAUUAA